GGAAGAUAGCUGUGAUUGGAGGCUGUCGUGAAUACACAGGAGCUCCAUACUUCGCUGCUAUUUCAGCUUUAAAAAUUGGUGCUGAUUUGUCUCAUGUCUUCUGCACGAAAGACGCAGCUCCUGUUAUAAAGAGUUAUAGUCCUGAGCUUAUAGUUCACCCUGUUCUUGAGGAAUCGUACAGCAUCAGUCAACUCAGUGAGGAAGAUCAAAGAACUGUUCAAGAUAAAGUGCUCGGGGAAGUCGAUAAAUGGAUGGAAAGAUUUGAUUGCCUUGUGAUUGGUCCUGGUUUGGGAAGAGAUCCAUUUCUCCUGGAAUGUGUGAGUAAAAUCAUGCUUCUUGCCAAAAAAUCCAAUGUUCCUUUUGUUGUAGAUGGGGACGGGCUGUUUCUUGUAACAAAUUCCAUUGAUCUUGUCAAUAGCUAUCCGCUUGCUGUCUUAACCCCAAAUGUGAACGAGUAUAAACGUCUAGUUCAAAAAGUGCUUAAUUGUGAAGUAGAUGAACAGAAUGCUGAAGAUCAGCUACGUUCUCUGGCCAAACAGAUUGGUGGCGUGACAAUUCUCAGGAAAGGGAAAUCUGAUCUUAUAAGCAAUGGGGAGACAGUAAAAUCAGUGAGCAUAUAUGGUUCGCCAAGGCGCUGCGGUGGACAAGGCGAUAUUCUCUCUGGGAGUGUCGCAGUGUUUUUGUCAUGGGCGCAACAACUUAGAUCAGGUCCUGAAAGUCCCUCAGAGACUCCAGCCAUCUUGGGAUGCAUAGCUGCAUCUGGCCUGCUGAGAAAAGCCGCAUCUCUGGCUUUUACAAAGCAUAAGAGAUCAACUCUAACAAGCGACAUUAUUGAAUGUUUAGGGAAGAGUUUGGAGGAUAUCUGUCCUGCAUCUUAAUCUGUACAACACAUGAACUAGAGUUGUCUUGCCUUCUACUACAUCUUACUGUCUACGUGAAGCUUCAGAAGCUGUUCCUGUUUCGGUUCUUGUAUCUAUUUCCCUCACCACUGUUGUCUCUGUAUAAUAAAACCUGAAUGCUGUGAUUACGAAAUAAAAAUUAUAAUUCAUAUGA